AUGGAAAUCCGACUGAGUUGCGGUAGCGUCGAUGAGACACUGGAUUUUUUUGGAAUUUCGCUUGCAACGGUGGGAGGUCUGACAAAGUUGAUCUUCAUCAAAUUGCAUCGAAAUGAUCUACGGAAGAUCCUUAUGUCAGCAUUGAACAAUUGGACUGCUAUCGUCGACAGUUCGUCUGCAAGGAAGAUCAUGUUGAAAUAUAGUCAACGUGGCAAAUUUGUGGGGCGUAUGCAGAUGAGUUUCGCUUUUAUCAUCAUUACAGCGAUUAUAUUGGACGCCAUUUCUUCGCCGGAGGCCUCCCAGCAGGAGAACAUAACCUCGAGCGAAGAGUUCCCUAAACGAAUACCUCUUCGGACUAUGUGUGCCUUUGGCAAUAUGUCAACAUCUAUUUAUUGGACAGUUUUCGUUUUACAGUCAAUUCAGCUACUUAACGCAGUACUUAUUGAAAGUGGAAACGAUGUUUUUUUCUUUGGAAUUUCUAUGCAGAUUUGUGGUCAGUUCGAUACACUAAGAAUCUUGUUGGAAGAAUUUAAAACGGAAAAGGAGGAGGAUCGUGUUCCAAAAAUCAAGCAAUUCGUUGAUAAGCACUCGCAUUUAUUGGAUCUUGCUCGACGAGUCGAGGAUACUUUAACUAACGUUCUUUUAAUACUUUUAAUGACCAAUGGAGGGCAUAUCUGUUUAACAGGGAUACAAAUAUUGUUGCUGUCUAAACAAAAUGAUAUAAUUCCUCUCAUCAAGGCUACCGUCGCGUUUAUUGUCAUCUUGAUACAAAUUUUCUUAUAUAGCUAUGCCGGAGAUUUUCUCUCAUCAUUAACUCAGGAUAUUUACAAUGUGAUUUAUGAUUAUCCUUGGUAUGAAUUGUCACCGAGUAACGUUCGAAAUUUGAUAUUCAUAAUUAUGAGAGCGCAUAAACCGUUUCGCUUGAGAGCCGGAAGAUUUUAUCCUAUGGAUAUAGAAAGCUUCAAGAACAUUUUGAAGGCAUCUUUUUCAUAUUUUUCCGUCUUACGAAUUGUAUUCGAAAAAUGA